AUGGAUAAGGCUGCCAAGGAACUCGGUCUUAACGGCGAAACUUUCACGAUUGUGCCCACCGAAGCAACCCAGCCACCAGCAGCACCAGCAGCGAUCGUGGCGCCAUCGACCUCACGCCCCGUCAUUCCUGUCUCAGACGUCUCGCAACCACCGACACAGGGUCCUGAGAGUGUCAGUGUGGCAUGGGCUGAGAGGGAGGGCACCCUACCUUUUGGGGGUGCCCUGCCCCGGCAGAUCCCCGCCCCCGAGCUUCGCAAGAUGGUCGCGGAUCACAUCCUGGCUCACCCGGACACGUACUCGGAGGCGAUCCUCGCAACGCCCCCAUCCGCCUACGCGCGUGCCAUCCAAGGGCGCGACCGCUGGGGUGGCGCCAUUGAGCUAGGAAUCUUCUCCGAGCUAUUCGAUGUUGAGAUUUGUACAUUUGACGUCAAAGGGCAGACCUUGUUGCGCUUCGGCGAAAAUAAGGACACCCGCUGUCUCCUCGUCUACUCUGGCAUUCACUACGACCGCGUCGCAUUCAGCCCUUCAGAGCCUCCAUACCAGGAGUCUAUGCUUCCUCCGGAGCUCGAUCGUACGGUAUGGCCCACAGACGACGCUGCUGUCCUCGAAAAGACCCAGCAGCUCGUGGCGCAGCUGCAUGAGAUGCAUUACUACACCGACCCCGCGGAAAUCCUACUCACCUGCGACGUCCCCGGCUGUCAGUGGAUUGGCAGCGGCGAACGCGCCGGGAAAGAACACGCUGAACGUACGGGCCACGUGGCACUUUCCGAGAUCAAAGACAAUGCUCUUCUGACAUGUCAAACGCCCGGAUGCGGAUGGCUAGGGAGUGGCGAGGCGUCGGCGAAGAAACACACGAGCGACACGGGUCACGCCUCGCUCGCUGUCAUUCCCGAUGAUUGA